AUGCGACUGUCCUUGUCAGAGUCCCAAGCUGAAUACUCCAGUAAAGGCAGAACAGGGACAGACUUAAAUAGUGACAGAUCCGGCACCAUGGGGCAAGGCUGCAUCAAAGCCACCAAGUACUUCCUGUUCCUCUUCAACCUCAUCUUCUUUCUGUUCGGUGUCAUCAUCUUGGGGUUUGGACUGUGGCUUCGUCUGGAUGUUCACAGCUUCGUUGUGGUCCUGAAUAGCUCCACCACUGUGAAGGUGGCCUGUUACGUCCUGAUGGGAGUUGGAGUUUUCUCCAUGCUGUUGGGCUUCUUCGGCUGUUUGGGGGCCAUUUAUGAGGUCCGCUGCCUGCUGGGCCUGUACUUCACAUGCCUGCUGUUGAUCCUCAUCACCCAGGUGGUGGUCGGCGUGCUCAUCUACUUCAAGAAGGAGGCGUUAAACGAUGAGCUGUCAAACAUUGUCACCAAGGUCCUGGACAACUACCCCGGCAACAACACGGCCACAGAGCAGUCCUGGGACUUCAUCCAGAGGACGAUGCAGUGCUGCGGCUGGAGCGGUCGUCUGGACUGGAACGAUAACCCGGUCAUCAUCAACAGUUCUCAGCUGCUGUUUCCGUGCUCCUGUCAGAACACCUCACUGAAUAACGAAAGUGUCCCCGACAGCGGAUUCUGUGAAACUACAACACCCGACUGGCCCGUAUACGACGUGGGUUGUGCUGCCAGCGUGGAGACUUGGCUCCGCACCAAUAUUGGCGUGGUUCUGGGUAUCUGCCUCGCCGUGGCUGUUUUUGAGCUGCUGGGAAUGAUUCUGUCCAUCUGUCUGUGCAAGAAUGUCCACAACGAGGACUACACAAAAGUGCCAAAGUACUAAAAUGCCCAACUUACACUUUGGAACUGCACAUGUGCACAAAAACGAGUAUUUUUACGCCCCAUAUUUGAUGAAAGAUUUUGUCCAGAUUUUUCCGACUUUGUCCGAUUCUUCUUCCCUGGAAGCACUUCCUGUCCAGAUUCCUCGGAGCACUUUAGAGACUUUAGAGAAAAGUGCUGAUGAAAAGGUUUGAAUAUUCGGUUUCCUCCCCGUUCUCGCACCUUUAGAGUUAAGAAUUCGUGCUUUGGAAAUUAGUUUCCCUGAAAAUUUUAACGGGAUCACAUUUGUCUUCCAUAAGGACAGGAUCAAAGGAAAAAGUCCCCCGGCGCUGGUUUUACACUUUAGGGCUUUCUGUGAUAAGUUUGUCGGUACCUUGUAUAUAAUUUUUAGCUGUUAUUUGUGUGAAGUUAAAUCUGAACUACAUUUUGUGUUGAAGCUGGUCUCAUUUUUUUUCUUUUCAUUAUUUUAAACUGUUAGGUUUUUUUCUAUUUUAUUCUUAAAAUAAUUUAGUAAGUCAAGUAAGACUGAUGAGAUACUAAAUGUGUCAAACCCACUUUACAUUUAUCUUAAAAUGGCUUUAAUUUAAGAUGUAAAACCCAAAAUGUCAAAUUAAGAUUUUUUGUUGUUGUUUUUGUAAAAUGAGCUGAGAGAACUUUGGUGGUUUGGUUUAGACAGAAAAAAAAGAAGAAAAUCUCUUCUUCAUACAGAAAAUAAUUUUAAAUGCAUUCAUGUACAAUUUAACUUUUCAGGGUUUUUUUAUAUAAUGUACAAAAACGUGUUUUGUGUACAGUCUGUUUGUAGAACAUCCUGUUAACCUCAUUUUAACAAAGGUUCCAUCUCUAAAAUUAGAUUAACCAUGUUCUCGACGUUCGUUCUGUCCUUUGACCAAUAAACCGAUGAUAAUGUUG